CAAUCAACAAUUGGGACAAUAAAGCUGAAACUGAAAACGACGUACCGUUUCUGAUUUGUUCGCAACACACACACAGAGACAGACGAACGAUGCGUCCAGCUUUGCGGUACGGGGUGAUUUUACGCGUAACGCGGUCCGGCUGAAAGGUUCCGUUUUUUUUUCAGUGCGGCCGAUUAAAAAUAGAGGAGAUUUUGGAUGUAUGCACGGCCGAUUUCGUACGGGUUUGUGUUUAUGGGUUUCGUGAUGGUUUCGUCGGUCCAAUCGGAAAUGUGCGGUUUAGAUUGACACUUGAAACGGCGAGAGUUGCGAUGGUUCUGGUGCCAAGUUGGACGGCCACUUUUCACGAGUGCAGUGCUUGUUGCCUUCGAGGUCGUCCCGUGGAUCGAAAUGUUCUUUUAAUUUGAGUUUGACCCGAGCAUUAUUCGUGCAUUGAUGACAUUAUAUUAUGAAAGGGAAAAUUCGAGCGUAAUGGACACAAAAUGCGAAUCAGAAGGGAAUAGUACAGAUAAAAAUUUUCGAGUGGAUCCGAAGGAAUUCUAUAAGACGUACGAUGUUAUGACUGGUAUUAGGAUAGCGGCCACGCUAAGCAGUUUCUUUGGCCUAAUGGUAAUCCUUGUAUUAUACAAAUCAAAAUCAAAGACUGAAAAAGCCCUAGAAGACCCGGAAUUCACGGCGGCGGCGGUUGCCGAAGUGGAGGAGGAGGACCGUCAACUGCAGGCGGUGCUGAAUCAAACCGCGUAUGAGGAACUGAACCCCAGGAGGUCCAGGAGGUCGUUGGACACGAACAGUAUGCCGCCCGGAUGGAUCAGGAACACGAAAAGAUUUUCGUCGGUUGGAGGUUACAGCAGUUUAAUGGAACCGCCGACGAGAGCUCUUCCACGUCUUCCUUGUUUCAUCGACGAGGACUCACCUCCUGAAUACGACGACGUAUCAUACAAUUAUAGUAGGCAUUUAAAUGUACCAAGGAGGUCGAGCAAUAUUACAUGUUCGUCUUCUGGGAGCUCAUAUUUGGAACGAAGAGACUCAGCUGUAGCCUUAGGUCUUCCCGCAUUACCAGCGCACAAAUCAAAGUACUUGAGACGCCAAUCGUCCCCGCUUCCCGAAAUCUACGAUUUUUAUUAUCCCAUCGAUAUUAGAGUCACGCAACCGACACCUGGGGGAUCACCUUGCGGAAGCGAUAGGGCACUGUACGACAGGGUGGGUGAUCCCCCGAACCUGAAACCGAAACUAGCGCCCUUGGCCUCGAUAAGUAGCUGCAACACCUCCAUAGGCAUGGACUUCCCAGAUUACGACGUGCAGUCGUACGCCAGCGACUCGGUGUUCCGCGACAACGACGACGACGAGAACACCGAUAACGAGAUCGAGGAGUUCUCGACGGACAGCGAGGAGGGCGCCUGCUACCAGAAAAAGACGGACGUCUCCACCUACGAGGUUGCGCAGCUGGCCGAUCUUCCUACGGUUAGUUUUAGAAAUGUCAGGUCGUCGUCGAGGAGUUCGCCGACGAUGGUGGACAGUCAGGGGAGUGACAGUGUGCGACUUAGGUCCGUACGUGACGACGACGACAGGACGUCGUGGGCUCAAGAGACAUUGUUUUGAGUUGUCAAACACCACAAAAUAUCAAGAACCUAAAUUGUCUUAAUUUCCUUUAAAUGAAAUAAUCAUUUUGUACGAAUUAAUAAUGUUAAUUAAUUGUUAUGACCUGUACAUAAAUGUGUAUUAACAGUUUUAUAAGAUUAAUGAAAAUCAAAAGUGCUAGUUUAAACUCAAUGUUUUAGACACUUUUCUCAAGUAGGACACGACUUAUUCUAUGACUUCUACUUUAGUUUAUGUAAAAAAUAAUUAUGUCCUACGUUAGAAAAGACUUAGCUUUGUUUAACUGUUACGUAAAAUAUUUUAAAACAGUCAAAAGAAUUUAAAACUCAGUUAUCAAAAUUAAAGAACGAAUUAAAAAAUGACUACCUUUCUAUCUAGUUAGCAAUGUACCCAAUCUUUACAGGGUAAAUAAAAAGUACAUUAUACAAUAGUUACUUUUUGGUUUUGUAAAGAUUCUCGUAGGUUAUUAUUUUAACUAUAUUAAAAUAUUUGCCAAAAAGAUGUGAUAGACUCUAUCUUUUAAUGCUACAUGUAUAGAGUACAUAUCAGUUCGUUUCUAUUUCUUGUUACUAUUAAGAGAUUUUAAUAAAAAAAACAAUUAUUGGAACUUGGAGUGCUAUUUAUUAAAUUAAUUGAAUUAAAUUGUACAUAAACAAUAAAUAGUAUUUCAUUUAUCCCGUAAAAUUAAAAUCAACAAUUUAAAUAGGGCUGUAUAAAACAAAAACAUUGUUUAUAAAAAUCGUAAAAAAACAAUAAAAUCAAAGAUGGUAUUUUAUAUAGAUAUAUUCAACUGUUGUAGCGUUAAGAAUGUACCAACUAGAUUUUUGUAAUUAUUGAUUGUAUAGUUUUGAAUGAACUUUGUGCACAGGAGGGAUGGAAAGUCGGCCUAUUACUUUUUUUUGUUUCGUAAUUUUCCAUUCCUUCUGUAAUUUGUAUAAACUGAGCAUUCUGGCUAAAUAUUAUUUUGUAUUAGAAUCUUAUGGGACCACAAGUUUCCCAAGAAUACGAUAUUUUUAUUAAUUAAAUUAGUAUUUUGUAUUUAUCCUUCCAAAAAAAAAAAAUACUUACGAGCAUUAGAAAUGUGGAAUGGCUAAUAAUGUAAUAAAAUUUAAAAUUAUAGCAACUUAUUGUAUAGUGACGAAUUGGCACAAUUGGAUAGUGUUUAAAGACUUUAAUACUUUUUAUAUUCUUGUUGACAGUAAAUCCACAAAUGAUAAUUACAAAAAUUAAUUUACCAGAAUUACGUUUGUUUGAGUUGAUGAAAACGAAACCACAAGAAUAUAUUUUGUCUUUGACUUUUUAACAGGGCAUUUAAUAGUCAAACCAAGAGAAUGUUGCGUAAUGCUCACAUAACCACAACAAGUUGUUUAAAGAUAGAGUAGUGAUUUUUAGAUAGAAGGACUCAACUGUUUGCAAUGCCUUGUUUAAAACCAAACUCAUCAAUGUGAAUAUCUUGUAGAUCUAAGUGUAAAGAAGAGCGAUGUAUAGAUACAUUAUUUUUAUUAUUUUAUUUUGAUCGUUAUGUUAUCGUUGU